ACUCAACUCUCGCAAACGCGAAUGAAAAAGCCGCGUCGUCGGCGCCUCACUUCAUGACCAGCUAGCGCGUUCUUUCCACCUCAAGCUCCCCGCAUCGCGAGGCCCGGUAGUCUUUUUGUGUGCCUGCCACCCGAAUCUCACUGACGACAGACACGAUGAGCGCCGGAUUUAGGAGCGAUUCGGAAGCCCCAGGCAGGAGCGUGGGUUCUCUCUCGCCUCUUCCUCGGUAUGACCACCCGAUGAAUAUCGAAGAAGACGAGGAUGGCCUGCCGCGUUUUUCAUCCACCAUGCCCGUUCUGGGAGACCGUGGUACGCAAAAUGCGACCGACAUGUUUGAAUCAUCAACCCAGCCUCCCAAAUCGUUGGGCAAGCAAUCUCGCCCUCUCACCCAGCCUGAUCUCCUUAGCCAUAAGAAGAUAUGGUCCGUAAAGCUUCACAACUCAACCAACAAGACCGGAAAUGCCGACGAUAUCGGUUUCCCAUACGGCCCGUUGGAUCCGCCGGAGACGUCGGGAAAGAAGAAGGGGAAGAAAAAGAGGGUUCUUCUCCUUCCCAACAGUAUCGCCACACGUUCACCCAGUAUCGCCGCACGUUCACCCAGUGUCGCCGCUCGUUCACCCAGUAUCACCGCUCAUUCACCUUUAAUCCCACCUGAUUCACCCUUAAUUACGGACUCUGUAGGACGUAAGAAGAGAAAAAGGAGCAUGAAGGGCAAGGAGCUGGCUGUUGACUCAGCCGAUGAGCCAAUCUAUGACGCCCAACAAUUUUUGGGUCCUCCAACGAAGAAAAGAAAGAGUCUCCUCCAGGGCUAUGAAGUGGCUCUGAACUCCGCGGGCGAUCAAACUCAUGACUCCGACCAGACUCCGGGCCAUCCCAGAUCAUUGGGAAAGAAAAACCGAGCAGAGAAAAACCCCAGCUCUCGCAAGAAACGAAGAGCAUCGCCACCGUUGCAUGAUGUUGGAAACUUCUCGGGACCCGAAUCUCCUGGGGGUUCUCAUGAAUCCCCACUUACUAUACGACAUCAACGACGGAGGCAGGACUUGCCCGAACAGCCUAUUGAGACCGCGUCAAACAGCUUACGGGCAGCGCCCUUGAAGUCUGUGCCGUCAGUUGUCGAAGAGGAAGAGCAGAUAAAGAGUGAGCUGGCCGAAACUGAGUCUCGUGUUUCGAAGUCAGAUGCAGGCAGGAGUGUUGACUUGAACGACGUCGAUGAUGACGGCGAUCAUCCUCUUCCCAUGGAGGCAUCUCCGGAGCUUGCGACCACAGAAGCUUCCCAGUUACUAACCUCGGCAAAUGACGAUUCGGACUCGGGGGAUGAAGCGCAGUCCAAUACACCUACUGUUACUAUUCCUUUAUUUUCUGCGGCAACUUCUGCACCAAGUCACGAAGAUGACCAAGAGAUUCCUACGUCAUCGGCCAAGACUCCGGGAUCUCGGCGAAAAACUAAGCGAAAGCGCAAAACUCCAUUCUUUUGUCGUGAUGAUAGUGAUGAUGAUAAAGAGAACUCGAACGCGUCGGCAGAGCUUCCUCCGGACGAAGCGAUUGUCAAGCCUGUGAAGUCGCGAGCGAAAAAACCUCGAAUUCAUCUUACCGUCGAUACCCCCCCGCGAAAACCCCAGACUCGAUCUGAGCGAAAACCCCAGACUCAGUCUGAGCAAAAAUCUCAGACUCGGUCUGGAGCUCUAUCGCCAGCGGAGGCGGCACGGGUUACUACCGCUGUGGAGGCUGUGCGUGACAUUAAUGGUCUGACACAGGUAGCGAUGAAUGACAUCAUCCACUCAAAUAUCAAAUCAACCACAAGCAAUAAACCGGUGCAUCAACAAUUGUGGGAAUGUGUCAUGGGAGCCUGUCCUUCACUGCCACGGAGGAAGUUGAUCAAAUGGUGCAGGCAACAAUUCCACAAUUUUGUUGCACGAGCUACUUGGACACCGGACCAAGACGAAGAGCUGCUGGGGCUUAUAAAGAUUCACGGGACAAAGUGGACUAAACUUGGAUCCAUGAUCAACCGCUACCCGUUGGAUAUCAGGGACCGGUACAGGAACUAUCUUGUCUGUCAUGGCUUCGCCAGGACAGAUUUCUGGUCUGAGCAAGAAGAAGAGCGAUUGGAAGAUGCAGUCUAUGAAGCAAUCAGACAAAUCCAGAAAGAUCUGGCUGACAACCCUACGACGCCGAAUGAUCCGGUUAGCUUGGUCAACUGGCAGAAGAUUAGCGAGGCGAUGGGUCGAACAAGGACCCGGCUGCAAUGCCGAGAGAAGUGGAAACGACUGCGCGCAAACAAUGGAAACAACAUCACAGGAUUUGAGUCUGGGACCAACUGGCGAAGCGGAAAGGCUCGUAGAGAUCUUAAGAAGAUCACUCGCCGUCAAAAGCUGGACCUUUUCCAUGCCAUCCGCGACUCAGGGGUUGUCAAGGACUCCAAGAUUCCGUGGAAGGAGAUUGUCGAUGAGACAUUCAGAGGCGAGUUUGAGCGCCAGGCCCUCCUUGUAGCAUGGGGACGGCUGCGACAAGCGGUGCCUGAGUCGGGGUCGAAAACAACUUUUGAGUGUGCGACACACCUUAGCGCCCUGUACGAAAGCGGCGGGGGUUUGGAUGGCGAUAAGGCUGGAUCCUCUGGCCCACUAGAAACUCCUGUAAAGGGCAAGGCGAAGAAGGGCGAAAAGACUGCUUGGUCUCCAGCAAAAGCAUCAACUCGGCCACAGGCCAAGCCACCGGCUGAGACUCGUCGGAAUGCCAAACGGGGCCGGGAUGUCCGAUCCUCGCCCCCUGCCUCGGAGAUCGAGGAGAGUGCGAAUGAAGAAGACGUCGAAAUGAGGGACGACGCCAGCCCCCAAUCGGUGUCCAACUUAUUUAACGACGCCGCCCAGGAUGGCGAGUCUAAGAACCAGUUUGAGAGGGAAGUGAGCAUCGAUCUUGGCACCGAUCCUCAGCCAAUAAAAAGAAGAACGAAGGCGGCCAAAAUAACAUACGGCAAGCGCAACGGGGAGGUUGUGUUAGGCAAGAGACGCCGCGGCGAAUCCCCUUAUGAUAGCGACACGGGCGGCGGAGCAAAGAAGCGGAAGGCUCAGGCGAUCACAGAGGCUAGUGGUGGUGGAGAGGACGAAGGGGACAACGUCGUUGAGUCAUCGAGUAUCGUCAGCAGUGAUGUCAGUGACAUGCACGACAUCAUUCCAUCGAGACUUUUCGUUGCUGGUGAUGCUAACACGAAGAAGGGGCAACGACGAGCAACGCGGUCGAGUGCGAGGAGACUCUAGUUUUCCUCUAGCUCAUAGCAUUCAUAAGCUCUCAGUACAUGCCGUUUUUAACAGGUAACCUACCUCAUUACAUAGCUUGCCUCGUUCUUUUACGCAUAGCUUGCUUAGGCACUUAUCGGCCAUGGAUUCAUUGGCCGGCAUCAAAUCAAAUCAGAAUUUAAAGAAAGUCAGUCGCGAGUCCCCGCCGCCCCUAUUUCUACUUAGCAUCGCCUUCCAAACCUCGGGCCCCCAAAGCUCCAUAAAAUCGCAGAUGAAAA